AUGAGAUCUACAGAAACUUUUAAAUGUUUUAUAUGCAAAAUACUUUUUUGUAGUGUUGAAGAACUUGAGUGUCAUUUUAAAUCUCAUGAAAUAAAUGAAGUUGAUCGAUUUCCAUGUCAUUUGUGUGAUUUGAAAUUCAUAAAAUUUUCGACACUUGAAAGUCAUCACUUAAUUGUUCAUUUGAAAAGAAAUAUAAAUGAAAGUACAGUAUCAGAUGAAUUAAGGAUACUGAGGAAAGAAGCUAAUGAGUGUCUGAAAAAGUUGAAAGGCUUAGAAGAUAAUUACGAGGAAUCUUGUCACUCUGACUUUCGGAAUGUCGAUGACGAAGUUAGUGAUAACGAAAUCUCAUCAAACGUUAUCAGGAAUAAAGAGAAUGAGAAUACUAAAGGGGAAAAAGUCUUUAUUUGUAAAGUGUCUGGCUGUUCAAGGACCUUCCGACACAUGACAUCACUCAUUAUGCAUGGAAAAUGCAUUCAUUCCGAUGAAAGAAACUUCACUUGUGAAAUUUGCUCGAAAACAUUCAAAACGAAAAGUAAUUUGAAUGUUCACAUUAAAAUGCAUAAAAAUCAAAGAGAUCAUCAUUGUACUGAGUGUUCGCAAUCAUUUUUCACAUCAUCACAUCUAAAAGCACAUUUAAGGAUUCACCGGAAUGAAACCCGCUACAAAUGCUUAUUUGAUGGUUGUGGAAAAAGUUUCAUUCAUUUGUCGUCGUUUAAGAAGCACAAUAACUUUCACAGCGGUGUCAAAGACUAUCACUGCAACAUCUGCCAACGAAAAUUCUCACAAUUUUGCCAUCUUCGAGAACAUCUGAAAAUUCAUUUGAAUGAACGUGAACAUAUUUGCAGCAAGUGUAAUAAAGCCUUUCGUCGAGCUGACACGCUUCGAAUUCAUCUUCAGAUAGUGUUGGUAACGCAUAUUCAUAUGACGAAUAUGAAUAAAGAAGAACCAAAUUUAUUAUUGAGCGUGUGUGCGUUUUUCGUCGUUUCAAAACUCCAAAUUAUUUCCUAUAACUCAGCUCAACUUGUAGCCUACAACAAUAAGCAGCAGAGAAAAAAUAAGAGGAAAAAGAAUCACAAGCCAGUCGCGAUGGAAAGCAUAAUCAAAAAGUUCAUCUCGCCUUCUCUGAACAAUCAAAACAAGUCACAAUCAAUGACGGGCCCCCAAAACAGUGAUAACAAUUUCUUGAGGGAACGUUCGGGAAGUGUCGCGAGUCAAUCGCCAUCAUCGCCAACAACUCCGACAGAACGAAAGCCUUCAGUGGAUCAAGACAGCUACUUCUAUUUCAUGUGUUGCAGUCAUGAUUUCUGUUUAAACAGUGGCGUUCAUAAAUGCAGACAUCCCAAGUCACGUGGCUGGCUAAAAUUUCUAGUUUUAAGGCUCAUCAAACUGAAGUUAAUUAAACUUCAUCCAUUCAUCAAGUUGAUAGACAAAGUUGGAGAUUGAAAAAUGUCUUAUUUUGCAUCUUUACAUCCAACGGCAUUUACUGAUAGCAUUAAUCAAUGGAUUUUCAUCAUGUGGAUGGCGGGAGUUAUUCUCUUCAGUCCAUUGUUGAUAUUUUUGUGUGUUACAUUACCUGAACUUCCAGUUUUGAUGGUUCGUAGAUUAUCAAACUAUUCAGUUGAUUCAGAAAGAAGAAGAUGAAGAUUGCUCACAACAUUCUUAAAUCUUUUUUUUUGUCUAUCGAAACUGGAAGAAAUUAAAAAUAAUUUUAAGAAAUUUUUAUACUGUAAAAUAAAUAAAGCACGAAAGCAAUGCAAAUGCUUAUGGAUAAGUAAGUUAAGGAAUUUAAAGUCUCUUUUUCUUGCUGGAAAGAAAUAAAUCAGGAAAUCUUUUGCAUGACUUUAAC